CGGCGCCCGGGCGCGAACCCAAAACCACCCCCCAAACGUAGCGGCGAGGCGCUGGCGAGUUGAUGUGUUGAGGGCGCAAGAUGGCUCUUGGGCCGUUGGUUGGCUCCAUCGGUGUGAUUGCAGCAGUGGCCCUGCUGCUGUCGCGAGACACCGGCUAUGAGAGGCCUGAACGUUUCAUCGUCGUCACGUCCCCCGGCACGCGCAACGUCUUUUGGGCCCCUCUCCCGACGCUGCAUGACUCCACGCUCCCUCCCAAGGACCAGGUGGUUCAUAACGGCCAAGUGCUGAUCGAUGGAACGGCCAGGUGUGCCGGAUGGAUCUGUUCGGAGCAGUCGGAUCGGGGCUUGAAGGAACCUGUGGGCUUAGCGUUGUUCCAAAAAGGCGGAGGAAAUGCCUGGCUGUACGUCUCCGAUCCCAAGGUGGGUUUCUUGUAUCGCUAUGAAGUUUCUCUCACUUGGCGCAAGACCUUGGAAGCUGGGCCACAGGAAGUGGUGGCCAGAGACCUGAAGGACUCCGCGUAUUGGUUGGCAGUGGACGGCUUUGGGAACAUCUUCUACACAGACGCUGAGGCUGGCUCCAUCUCAAUGAUUGCUGCCGAGGACGUAUCGAAGGGCCUUGCGAAGGGCAGGACUCUGCUGAGUUCAGAGACGCUGAGCCAAGUGGCUAGCCCGGCGGGCCUCGCAGCGGACGCCACAGCGCUUUAUUGGGCCAACCUGAAGGGAGAUCAAUCCACAGGAACACUGCUUCGAAGCAAUGUAUCUCCCCUGUCCUUGGCCAACAAGACCUCGAAGAACGCGAGCGCCGCCAUGACCCUUGCUGGGCGACAGAUGGCGGGGAGACAUUAUGUCUUCCAGGCAGCUGUGAAGGACAUUUGCUUGGCAGGCACCAACGUCUUUUUCACUGGUGAUGGCAAGUCUCUCUUCGCCGUGAAGGCAGAUGGAUCCAGCGAUCCGACAGAGGUUGCCUCCUUGAAGCAGCCCAAGGGUUGUACCUAUGACCAGGAGACCACCCUUUUCGUGGCCGAUCAGAGUCUCAACGGAAUCUACUCCUUGCCGGCCAACAUGCAGAAGCUGAGACAGGCCAAACACGUGCGAAAGGUGGUUUCGCUGAAGGGACCCCAGCAGAUUGCGAUCUUCUAUGGUCCAUCUUCCAACAAGUUCCUUCAGCUUUCGAACUGAGCCCAGGAUUUCUGCGUCGUUUCACCUGACCAUCGGGGGCAGUUGACGCUCCCAUGGAAGAAACCCCAGAGCCGCGUCGGCGGAGGGUAGUUAAGGGCUAGAAGCCCGACAUAGGAGUUGGAC